UUCAUUUUCGUUUUCGUCUACUAUCAAUUUAUCUUGGACAAGUAUGGCGCAGGACGGUAAGAAGCAAAAGACCGUCGUGGUCGGAGCUGGCCCAGUCGGUGCUCUUGCAGCAAUAUACGCAGCGCAAAGGGGUCAUGAUGUCGAAAUCUAUGAGCUGAGAAGUGAUCUUCGAAACCCUUCCACAACACCUCUCAAUUUCACCAAAUCCAUCAACCUAGCGCUCUCAGAACGUGGAAUCAAUGCCAUGAGGAAUUCCGGUAGAUCGGAUUUGCUCGAAAAGGUCUUCAGUGGGACCCUGCCUCUAAGAGGUCGAAUGAUACAUGGUAUAACAGCUUCCGGCGAGCUUUACGAGCAGCCGCAAGAUUAUGAUAUUCACGGACGAACCAAUUUCGCGAUCAAUCGUGGGGCUCUGAACAAGGUGCUUCUGGACGAACUCGAAUCCAUGCCAAACGUGAAAAUCUACUUCAAUCAUAAACUCACCGGCGCUAAUCUUAAGAGCCACAAAGCUUGGUUUGAAGUGUCUGGUAUAAAGUCGACCGAUAAAGGGCCCACUUCCAGAGAUGCCGAAGUUGAAGUCACCUUCGAUUUUCUCAUCGGAGCAGAUGGUGCCCAUUCUGCAACACGAUAUCACAUGAUGAAGUACACCCAGAUGGAUUAUCAGCAAGAGUAUAUUGAUACUCUAUGGUGUGAAUUUACAAUUCCAGCCAAGGACCACCGCGAAGAUGAUCCUGAAUCACGCUUCGCCAUAUCGCCUUAUCAUCUCCAUAUCUGGCCCGGACAUGAAUUCAUGUUCAUCGCUAUUGCAAAUCUUGACGGCUCCUUCACAUGCACACUCUUCAUGCCCGUGUCCCACUUCGCUACCUUAGAAUCCGAUCCUCAAUACCUGCCUACCUUCUUUGACACGCAUUUCCCGGGCGUGACAACCCUCAUCGACCCUGCCGAUCUCAUCACCUCGUUCACGGAGACUCCGCACCUGCCACUCAUAUCCAUAAAAUGCCGACCCCACCACUUCUCUAACUCGGCAGUCAUUGUCGGUGAUGCCGCUCACGCCAUGGUCCCGUUCUACGGCCAGGGAAUGAAUUCCGGUCUCGAAGAUGUGCGCGUCCUCUUCUCCAUCCUUGAUAAACAUAUCCCUGUCGACGUCCCCGUCAGUACGGAGUCACUUGCAGAAAAAAGAGCUAAAGCACUCGCCGAGUAUUCGGAAAUGAGAACGGUGGAUGCACACGCUAUCAAUGACCUCGCGCUGCAGAAUUACACAGAGAUGAGGUCAUCCGUCGUGUCCAGGACUUAUAAAGCUAGGAAGUGGUUAGAGGAAACACUGAGCGUGUAUGUCCCGAGUUUGGGUUGGCAGACUAAGUACUCCAGAGUGAGUUUUGGCAACGAAAGGUAUAGCGAGGUGGUUCGAAAGAGCGAACGGCAAGGGCGAUUGUUGCUUAUUGGGCUGGUGGGCGUAUUGACCUGUCCAGUUGUGGUUGGAGGGUUAGUGGCAUGGUGGAGGUGUAGAAGGGCCACGAGAGGCUUGGUGAAGUGGACGGGUUGGCUUGCAUGGAAGUGGUAGCCAUAUUUGGAGAAACAUGCUGCUACUACAGUACGGGUCCAAUAUUGACCCUGUGAGUGCUCCGUGUCUCGUCUCUUGAGCCUCUCGUGUAUCAUUCCUCCCUCGAUCUCUCAAUUGGCCUCAAUAUACCUACGCUUUGUGGGCCAUCCCGCGGCUUGCCCUGAUGCUCAGUUCAGCCGCAUUUACGAGUCAAUGUACAGAUGGAGAUGUUUCCACUGCGAAUUUGUUCUGAAAGAGGAUAGCAAGUUUCUCGAACCAGGAGAGUGGCCCAAUGGCUACAGCAAGUUUGAUGGGUAAGAAGCGCCGAAACUUGCCAGUGUUUAUAGGUGCAUCAAUGAUUGUGGAAAGAAGUUGCUUAAUAUAUGACAGAUCUUGAAUAGAGGGGGCGAUACAAGGUGGACAUCUCGUCGUCAAUAUACAUCUCCCAUACCAUUUAUUAGAAACGUCAAGUCCUC